CUCCCCCUUAACCCUAAUUUUUUAUUCUUUUCUUUCUCCUCUUUUCUAUUUUAUUUCCCUUCUUUUUCUUUUCUUUUUCCUUUUCUUUUCUUUCUUCUCUCUUUCUCUCUCUACCUCUCCCUUAACUCUCGGCAUUCUCUCUUCUCUCUCCCCGAAACCCUCUCCUCUAAUCUUUAAACCCCCUCAACCUCUCUCAUCACACCCUCCAUACCUCUCUCACUCCGACGAAGGAAGACUAACCCCCCCGCCCCCCACCAUCUCCCUCGUCUCCGGUGACCACCCUAAGCAAUGCUAUCGUCAUCCACCACCCCCAUAGAAGUCGGCGAAAGCUUUGGCUAUUCGGCCAAGCUUGUUCCCUCUUUCCUCACUCUAAUCUUUCAUAUCUCUCGAUCUUCGGCCGAUUUAGGCUAAUAAGACCCCAAUCUCGUCUCCAGUGACCUCUGCAAUAUCCGGCGAGCUUCCGGCGAAGCUCCGAUUGUCUCUUCCGACCACGGUUUGGCCAAAAUUCUUGGUCUCUUCCCAAAUCUCUCUCUCUAUUUCCUCUCCUUAUUUACGAACCGGAUGCAGUGUAGGCAGAAGACUCUUGCCAGAAAAAGAGUAGCCAGAGCUACACAGCCUCCUCCAUCUCCUAAAGCUGAAUCACCACCUUCGUCUGAGCGUACUGCAUUUGCAUCUGCAUCUUCAUCUUCCGAGCCAUCUUUCAUGGAUGCAUAGGGUCCUAUUAUCAGAGCAGUGCCCUCUUUCUUACUGCCGCAGGAAACUGGAGUUAGAGUUCAGAUUUGACCGAGAUUUGUUCUCCGGGUUGAAGCAGACACGAUAGUCUUAUGAUGAGCUCACCUGCAGGGGCAUCGAUGUUAUUAUGACUCUGGCAGAUACUGUAGUCUAUCCUCGGUUGGUUUCUUUGUUUUUAGAGCAUCUUCAGAUGGAUGAGGACGACUGGCAGUUGAUGCAUACGACCAUUGAUGGUCAGGACAUUGACAUUUCUAUUCCUGCCAUUGUUGCUGCUUGCCGAUGCCCUCGUCUUUUUCCAUUGGUCGUUGACUCUGAGGAUCCACUGUACCCCAUCAUUCCAUCUUACCCGGCUGAGAUGACCAUGGUUGUGACACUAUCUCCACAAGCUACAUUUGAAGGCAAUACAUUUGCAGACUGGGUUGAUAUUGAUCCCCAAUACUGGUUCUUAGAUUCUGUGCUGCACCUCAAUGCCUUUCCUUCAGGACAUGGUAUGCAGCGGCGAGAUGGGAUUCUACAGGCUCUAUACUGUUUGAGCCAGGGUUAUUGGAUUUCUGUUCCUGCUCUCAUUUAGGAGAUUAUUCACAAGUUCUAGGAAAAUCUGAUCUUCAAGCACAAUUCUAGAGCUGAUGCUUGGCCAUUACCAUUGGGCCACUUAAUUACACAACUAUUGAUUGACCAGGACUAUUCCUUUGACCCAGCUGAGAUUCCAGAGACUGCCGCACAGUGAGCGAGGAGGGCAUAUGACAUGGCGAAUUGGACUAAGACCUUCAAUGCCUGCACAAAGAAUAAGAAAAAUAGAAAGCAGAAAAGGGAGCGAGACCAGCAGAGAGUCGUAGAGGAUGCAGCCGAGGGAUCUCAGGGAUCACCUCCUAGACAGAGGCGUCGCACUGAUACUUCCACAUCUACCUUGCAGCACUACCUCUCCCUACCCAUUCAUCUUAGCAGACCGGCCCCUCACAUAUCCCUUCUACAAAGAAGAUGCCCUAGGUUGACACUCGAUCCCAUCAUGCUAGUUCCAAUUCCAGCUACAGAGUUGAUCUACUUCAGCUGUAUACAAAUUUCAUUUCUUUCAGAGCUGACAUGACAGGGCGACACGAUAACAUUACGAGGCAUCACGAUGAUUUGGUGAGGAGGCACGAUGACUUAAUCAGGCGAUCUGACGAUUUGACGACUGAUAUUUUCGAGGCGAGGAGAGAUAUUGCCACAUUGAGGACAGACAUUCAGACAUCAUUUACUCGAUAUAGCCGGGAGAUGUCCAAC